AGCGUAACUACAUGUAACUACCUGGUCCUAACUUUGAAUUCUUUCUGGAAAUACUACAUACAUACUAGUAGUAGUAACUUUGACAAUUGUUUCGGGCACAAUGACCUUAAUCAAGUUACCGUUUGCCAUACAUGCCCUCAUCGAGACAGCUGCAGCUUUCUCAUUCAUCCUCAAUCCGGAUAAGCAGCUCCCCGGAUGCAACGAGGCAGCAAAGCUCAUCUUACGACAGUAUGGUGGCUUAUUGCUGUCGACGAAUUUAGUUUGCCUUGGAAUUCUGAUCGAGCCUGGCUUCACUAACAGGACCCGUCUGUUCGCCGCCGCCCUGGGUUCAUACCACAUCUGGCCCUGCUAUAGAGCCUAUGCUCGUAUUCGCUACAAUAUGGACGCGCCGAUCAAGGGGAAACCUCCUUUGGGUGGCCCUUCAUUCCAUUUGGCUGUGCAUCUAGUCUGCUUGAUGCUGUUCUCAUGGACCGUCGCAUCUCCUGAAAUGUUACCGGAAGCAAUUUGACCAUUGGGCACCAUUGAAUUAUUGCAAAGUGGCAAUAUCAUCAUUUGAGAGUUUUCAAUGUUCACGAAGCAAGCUCCCGAGGUGUAACGCAGCAUGAUCAAAAUAGGGGAUGUAUUUCAUAGUCUAC